CAGCAUCCAAACAGCGCGUGCUGCCUCCGUUCCAGGGGAGAAUAUCGUCUCAGCGCAGGGAGGAGAGGAUUAACGCCACCGCGCAGCUCAUCUGCAUACGUGUUCCGAGGGAAGCGCAUGAGGCCGUUUUGGUCUCGAGCCUUUUGUCUGCUCCCACCAAGUCUUCUUCGCGACCGCCGUGUACCAGGACUCCUCUCGUGUGGACUCAUCGAAGUCAUUUCAAGCUCACCUCGCUGACGUUUCGGCAGGGACUUGUGCUCUUCAUGCUCGGACCUGGCGGCUGUCUCUUCACCUGAGCCGGGAGACGGCCGAGCCGAGGAUGCCGUCGAAAGAGCCGUAUGAGGCUCACGAGGAGGACAAGUCGCUGGUGCAAAGGGCCAAACGAGAGGCCAACCAGGAGGAGAUUUUGGCAGCCGCUCUGGGGAUGAGGAUGGGGCCCGAGAAACCGACGGCCACUUUCUGGCAGCCGCUUAAAAUCUUCGCCUAUUCGCAGCUCACCUCUUUGGUCCGGAGAGCCUCGCUGAAGGAAACCGACCUGGUGCCGAUAUCAGAGAAAGUCCACAACUUCAAGGUGCAUACCUUCCGUGGGCCUCACUGGUGCGAGCACUGCGCAAGCUUCAUGUGGGGGCUGAUGUCUCAGGGGGUCAAGUGUGCAGACUGCGGCGUGAACGUCCAUAAACAGUGUUCACCUCUGGUGCCCGACAACUGCAAGCCCAGCCUGAGACACGUCCGCAAAGUGUACAGCUGCGACCUCACCACCUUGGUGAACGCACACAACACGGCGCGACCCAUGGUGGUGGACAUGUGCAUACGAGAGAUUGAGUCAAGAGGACUGAAGUCCGAAGGUCUCUACAGGGUCUCGGGAUUCAGCGACUCCGUAGAAGAAGUCAAGACGGCGUUCGACAAAGCUGGCGAGAAGACGGACAUCUCGGUGAAAGCGUACGAAGACAUCAACAUCAUCACGGGCGCUCUGAAACUCUACCUGCGGGAUUUGCCCGUCCCCGUCAUCUCAUACAAGGCCUACCCCAGGUUCAUUGAGGCCGCAAAGCUGUCGGACCAGGACAAGAAGCUUGAAGCUUUCCGAGAGGCGCUGGCUCUGCUGCCCGCGUCACACAACGAAACGCUCAAGUAUCUCAUGGCGCAUUUGAAAAGGGUGACCCAAAACGAGAAAUCCAACCGAAUGAACGCCGAGAACCUGGCCAUUGUUUUCGGGCCCACCCUCAUGCGCAGCCCGGAUCUUGACGCCAUGACCGCCCUCAAUGACAUCCGUUACCAGAGGCAGGUGGUGGAGGUGCUCAUUAAAAAUGUCGACGCCCUCUUCUGAACGCACGCGAGGACAAAUUGUUGCGGGCAGGUCCUCAAACCUGCUUUUUGUUGAGGAGAAGAAGAAGAAAAAAAAAGGUUUGAAUGAAUGAAUUCUUUUUUUUUUUUUUUUUUUAAAUGGGAGGG